GACUCUGGUGACGACACGUCUGUUCAGCGACUUCAAGAAGCUACUGGACAAGCCUAGACAUGCCGAGCUCUGGUUGUCGAAGAAGAUGAUGGACAAAGGUCGAGAGGUGAGUUGGUCAUCUCUGACUCUCGACAAGAAGAAGGAGUUUGACGGUGCCAUGGCAAAGGAGAUCUCGAAUGUCAUUCGGAACUGUGCUGUGAGAGCUCUAGCGGCCAAGGAGAAGGAGAAGCUGGACAUCCGUCGCAUCAUGAAGAUGCGCUGGGUCCUCACUUUCAAGUCGGAUGGACGGGCCAAGGCCAGACUUGUGGUCUUGGGGUACCAGUCUCCUACGUUGGUGGAGUCACAGGCCAGUUCUCCCACGCUGAGCAAGCUUGGGAAGAUGCUCAUCCUGAGCAUCGUUGCCAACAAUUCUUGGAUGUUGGAGAGCGCUGAUGUGUCGAGCGCCUUCCUUCAAAGCCUCCAGGAUAUGGAGAAGGAGGACUUGUUCGUGUACGCCCCGGCAGAGCUUGCAGCAGCGUAUGGCGCCGAUGGCACGGAGGACUCAACAGUGCUCAAGUUGACUCGUGCCUUCUAUGGACUCUGCAGUGCUCCGAAAUCGUGGUAUGAUACGGUCACUGCCACACUUCGGAAUUCCGGCUGGCGGCCCUUGGAGUUUGACAAGUGUUUCUUCAUCCUAGUGAACAAGGCCAGCGAGCUGUGUGGUGUCGCCGGGUUCCAUGUAGAUGACUUCUUGAUUGGAAGACGCAAGGGCGACGAGACCUUUGAACGAGCCAAGGCCGAGCACCUGAGCUCUUUCGAAUGGGGCAGAUGGGAACAGAAGAACUUUGAGUUUCCGGGCGCGAACCUCACCCAGAAAGAAGACGGGACCAUCUUUCUUGAUCAGAGGUCCUACACGGAAACAUGGGUUGAGGAGAUUGUGAUCCGUUCGUCACGGGCAUCCCAGACAAAGUCCAAGACCACGCCGAAGGAGAUCAGUGACAUCCGCGGUGCCUUGGGUACGGUGUCAUGGCGGGCGCACCAGGUAUCACCACAAUACCUGGCGGAGGUUGGACUCCUCCUCAGCGAGAUUCCGACCGCGACGGUGGACACCUUGCUGAGGGUGAACAAGUUGGUCCGGCAAGUCAAGAGGAACUCUGAGCAGACGCUCAUCUUCCAUCCUUUCGGAAGAGACUGGAAGGUCCUGGGAUCCAACGGGUCUGAAGUACAAACCAUCACCAUCGUCGAAGACUUGACCUACCUGGUUCGAUGUGCUUGGUUGGAGGCUCAUGGUCACCCACCUAUCCGUGGUGAGCAAGCUCGGAUGGUGAAGGACAACACGGUGGGCGCCAUCUCCGCCGGCACACAUCUUCGAUGGGUUGCAGGCACUGAGCAGUUGGCCGACGGGUUGACAAAAGGUAGAAAGCGCACCAAGCGUGAGCAAGAGAAGCGCAUCCGCGAG